AUGGCUGUCACCACAAAGGCUACCAUCGCCUCCUUCGGCGGCAAAUUGCUCAAGCUGAGCCAUGCCGCGACUUCCACCAAAUGCGAGAUGUCUUUCAACCUCUACCUCCCUCCGCAGGCUGUCUCCGGCCAGAAGGUCCCCGUUCUCAUCUACCUGUCCGGGCUGACCUGCACGGCCGACAACUGCUCGGAGAAGGGAUUCUUCCAGCAUGGCGCCAGCAAGAAGGGCAUUGCCGUGCUGUACCCCGACACGAGCCCCCGUGGUCUGAAUAUUCAGGGUGAAAACGACUCGUGGGACUUUGGUACCGGUGCCGGUUUCUACGUCGACGCUACUGAGGCUCCCUUCAACAACGGCUACAACAUGUACACCUAUGUCACCGAGGAACUGCCCAAGACCGUGUUUGAGGCGUUCCCGCAGCUCGACUCCAGCCGGGUCAGCAUCACGGGACAUAGUAUGGGUGGUCACGGUGCUCUUACUCUAUUCCUCCGCAACCCCGGGAAAUACAAGUCUGUGUCGGCGUUCGCGCCCAUCUGCAACCCUAUCAACUGCCCCUGGGGAAAGAAGGCUUUCGGGGGAUACUUUGGUGGAGACGAGAAGAACCCCAAGUGGGCGGAGCAUGACGCCACGGAGCUGGUGAAGAAGUGGAAGGGACCACUGGAUGCAUUGAUUGAUGUGGGCUAUGGAGACAACUUCUACAAGCAAGGCCAGCUGCUUCCGGAGAACUUCGAAAAGGCCGCCAAGGAGGCGGGCGUCGAGGGCGUCAAGGUCCGUUAUCACGACGACUACGACCACAGCUACUACUUUAUGGCGACGUUCUCGGACGACCACAUCGAGCAUGCGGCCAAGUAUCUCUUUGCAUAG